GCCCGUCAGAAAACAGGUUCAGCCUGAAAACAGAAGGAAAGUGGUGCUUGACUCCAAUGGAGCAGCACAAACCGGACCCAGGCCUCGUAUUGGAGAUGCCCCCAGCAUGCACUCCAAAGUUUCCACCAUGGAUCAAGGCAGGAGAAGCAAGAAGAACACGACUAAUAGCACGACUAACCUGAGCCAAGCUAGAAUAACUGUGAGAUCUAUCGACCAUACUAGACAGUCUAAAAGAGCAAAAACUCAAGUAAGCCGUAGAUACCCUGAAGCUGAGCCCAGAAACAGAUACCCUGAACCGGUGACUAAGGAACACGAUGGCCGGUCUAAAGAAAAAGACAUAACCACCUCCACUAUGCAGCAGCAAUCUCAGGAGAAAGCUAAACCAACCCGCCAAACUUCUCCUCAAAGUCAUGGAGGUGCAGCUGGGGUUGUAGUGGCAGAGGACUCUUACAGUGAUGGUGAUGAUCUGUACAGAGCAGAGGAGGAAAUCGAGCAGGAGCGUCUGGAGAAAGAUAAAUUGUAUUCAGCAAUACCAACUUCACUGCCUGCUGGUGAAUGUAGUGUGGAAGAACCUGUUGAUUUGCUUACCUACUGUAAAAGAGAAUGGAGGGGAAACACCACCAAAAGCGACCUUAUCAAAACGGGAUAUUUCAAAAUAUCAGAGACAUAUGAUCAGCUGCGGAGGGUGAGAGGAGACAACUACUGUGCUCUGAGGGCAACCCUCUUUCAGCUCCUUAGCCAAUCCAACGAGCUUCCUGACUGGCUGAAAAAACAUGAUGUUACUAAGUGGCCCAGGGAAGUACUGUCUAAGAAGGAUUUGAAUUUACAGUGGCGAUUUCCAUUUGAGAGCAGAGACAGAGAUGCAGGGGGUGCUAUGGAGCAGAUUUCGCAUUAUUUAGGACAUCUGAAGGAAAAGUGGCAGGAAGCUGUGCGGUGUAACGGCGCGGAGGAGAGAGAGAGGCUGUGUCAGCAGGUAUUCCAGGGCCAAGAAGAGGAGUAUGGGCUCCUGGAGGCCCUAAAAUUCCUCAUGUUGAGGACAGCCGUCCAGCUGCACACGGAUAUGGCGGAGGGCACGCACGUACCGGAGUUCUGCUGGCUUCUGUUUGCCCGCGACUCGUCCCGCUGUCCCAGCACCCUUUUCACAAACCACCUCAGACAUGUGGGCUUCACUGGAGGGCUUGAGCAGGUAGAGAUGUUCCUGCUCGGAUAUUCCCUUCGAAUCACAAUUAAAGUCUACAGGCUUUAUAAGGCUGACACUGAAGAAUUCAUCACCUAUUACCCUACUGACCAAAAAGACACGUGGCCUUAUAUUUGCCUCAUUACAGAAGAUGAUAGACACUACAAUGUGCCUGCGCUGUCUGUGCCCAAGGAGACCAAACCAGCAUCUUCCAAAUUUGACGAAUCAGGCGCACCCAGAUGGAAUAGACCAAAACAAAGCACAACUUUGUAGAGUGGAUAACAUGACAAUCGCUGACAAUCUCAAGCGCGUUGACACUCAGGAGUCUGCUUUAAACUUUUAUGUUUAUUUCUGUUUUACUUCAUUAAAAUGACUUUAAAAUCUUUUUUUUUUUUUUUUAAUUUGCACAGGAAAGAGCGGAAGUGAUUGUUGCUGAUGAUUGGUACAUCCUUUAUUUAAUGAAUGGCCCCAGUAAUGAUAUGAAGCUUUAGAAUUAGCAUGUUUGAUCAACACGUUUUGACAGCUGCAGUAAUUAUGACUUUGGAAGAUUCAUUGUUCAUAUUCAUGUAUGUGAAUUCAAUGAGAAUGUACGAUGAAAUGGUAUAACUGAAAUCUUUUCACCUGUAAACUGUAAGGAAUCCUCUUAAUUGUUCUCUCUUACAAACCUGACUGGGUAUUGAGAUGAGCCUUUAAGUCUAUCUGGUAGUGUAAUUUUACAAGGAUUUACCAAAUACAAUAGUGAAUGAUGAAUGGAUGAAUGAAACUUAUUUUCCAAGUCUUCCUCUGACACAUCACCAUAAACUCUUGGUUUCUCUGGAA